GGCGCCUGGGGCGACGCGCCGCACCGGACCCAGCAGCAGCAGCAGCAGCAGCAGCAAGCUUGGGUGUGAGCCCGGGGGCCGCUUUGCCCACCGUCCCGCCGGUCCCAGCCGUCGCUAGGGGGUCCGCGGGCCCUGCGGCAACCCUCGGUACAGACGCUGGGAGGGCGGCGACACCUGGCCCAUGGCCCCCCCGGCGGCUCAGUCUUCCUUGGCCGUCAGGGCCUCAAGCCCCGCCGCGGCCCCCACCUCGUACGGCGUCUUCUGCAAGGGGCUCUCCCGCACCCUGCUCGCCUUCUUCGAGCUGGCCUGGCAGCUGCGCAUGAACUUCCCGUACUUCUACGUCGCGGGCUCGGUGAUCCUCAACAUCCGACUGCAGGUACACAUUUAGAGUCGUGACUAAGCUAACGGCCUCAGGGGCUAGCAUAAUGGCCUACUCCCAGGGUCCCUUGCAGCGCGGCGGAGCAGCGAAUGGCGAGCCCCACAGUCUCGCGUUAGUGCUCAGGCGCUGUUCGCGGCUGCUUUCUUCGCUACAAGCAGAGCUCCUCUGGGGGCCGCCGAGAGCCUACAAUUCCUAGAAAGAAAAUACGCGAUUCCGGAAACAGAACUGCAGUUAAGACCCAAAAAGAUCUAAGGAAGUGUGCAUCCUAAAACACCUGACGAAUUUCAGGACGUGACAAAGCGCAGAGGUUGCAUUAUUUCAAAACAAAACAGAAGGCUAAAAUUUUCAGGAAAAAGCAAAUCAGUAAACCGUGAGUACUGGACUGGAUUGUAAGAUUUGAAUGAGUAAGAGCUGAAAGUAUUAAGACUGUGAUAUAGAAGGUACAUACUUCUUCAUCCCACAAGAGAAAAUAUUAAUAAUCAGAAACUUUCAGUGAAAAAAAGCAAAACUGUACAGGAAAAGCAUCCUCCAAAUACCAGACAAAAUGGUGCAAGCUUUUGAACUAUUGGCGAGAGUGUGAGAAAAUGGGCUCUAUUGCAAUGCUCCUGUGGCAGGACGUGGAUCGAAGCUUGGAACCGCAGAAAAGGAAAUCCCAUAGUAGCACAAAGCUUGACUGUUCAGUGAAUAACAUUUGAAUAAUCGUAAAAUACAAAUGUUGUUUAUGUUUUUUAUUGUUUAAGGCAUACUUAAUUAUGGUUACAAAGUGGAAUGCAAAUGUUAUUUACCAUAUUUUAAAAAGAGAGCAGGAAAUACAGGUAGGAAUGUUGAAGGAGGGCGGCGGAAAUAAAUGAAAUGGUGGUUCUGUCCUUAUAAAGUUGGAACUUGAAAGGUACUGUCUGUUGUUACAGGGUAGCCAUAAAGUUUGUAAAACGGUAAAAUAUUAAAGAGGGAGAGUGGUAGGGGAGAACAGUAUGAAGUCAACAGGAAAUGCCUAAAGAUGGAGAGCUCAGGUAGAAUAUUUCAAAAAAUAAAAAUUGAUAGAGUACCUGGUGUAUUUGAAUACAGCCUAGAGAGCUUUCAUUUUUCCAUAGAGGGGGGAUAAAUUAGUGAUUGCAUAUUUUUCAAAAUUAAGAAAACAGAACAUGUAAUUUUGAACCCUGAGAAAAAUAAAAAUUUAAAAACUA